AUGAUGCAGAUCUUUGUGAAGACCCUCACUGGCAAGACCAUCACCCUCGAGGUUGAGUCCUCGGACACAAUUGACAAUGUCAAGGCAAAGAUCCAGAACAAGGAGGGAAUCCCAUCGGAUCAGCAGCGCCUGAUCUUUGCAGGCAAGCAGCUCGAGGAUGGGCGGACACUCGCUGACUAUAACAUCCAGAAGGAGUCCACCCUCCACCUUGUGCUCAGGCUCACGGGUGGGAUGCAGAUCUUUGUGAAGACCCUGACUAGAAAGACCAUCACACUGGAGGCCAAGAUUCAAGACAAGGAGGGCAUUCCCCCAGACCAGCAGUGCCUCAUCUUUGUCGGGAAGCAGCUCGAGGAUGGCCGCACCUUGGCUGACUACAACAUUCAAAAAGAGUCCACCCUUCACCUUGUGCUCAGGCUAAGGGGAGGCAUGCAGAUCUUUGUCAAGACUCUGACUAGGAAGACCAUCACACUUGAAGUUGAGUCUUCUGAUACGAUCGAUAACAUUUUUGUGAAGACACUGACUGGCAAGACCAUCACCCUAGAGGUCAAGUCUUCUGACACGAUCGACAAUGUGAAGGCAAAGAUCCAGGAUAAGGAGGGCAUCCCACCGGACCAGUAG